CGCCGCUGCAACAACCUCGCUCGCGUGAUUCCACAAACGGGCGUCACGCGCAUUAUCCGGUUAAUUUACAUACCUAACGCCGCCCAGGGGGACGAACAUGAUAAUCUACCAUCGAUUGAAAGCUAACCUUGCGGAGGGGAGAAGAAAAACAGCCGGAAAAAAGUUUGGACGAGAGAGGCUUGUUUUAAACCAAGCGGAGUGUUUCGACUGAGACGGAGAGGCGCUUAUCGGGCUUCUUUGCCCCACUUUUGGAUUACGAUAUGGACGCUUUGAAAUCCGCAGGAAGGGCAAUUAUACGGAGCCCCAGCAUCGCCAAACAGUCGUGGGGUGCGGGCAGACAUAAAAAGCUUCCAGAGAACUGGACGGACACGAGGGAGACCCUUCUGGAGGGCAUGGUGUUCCAGCUCAAGUACCUGGGGGUCACGAUGGUUGAGCAGCCCAAAGGAGAGGAGCUGUCUGCGGCUGCUGUCAAGAGGAUAGUGGCCACGGCCAAAGCCAGUGGAAAAAAGCUCCAGAAAGUCACAUUAAAGGUCUCCCCACGAGGAAUCAUCCUUUACGACAGUGCCUCCAAUCAGCUGAUAGAAAACAUCUCCAUAUACAGAAUAUCAUAUUGCACGGCGGACAAGAUGCAUGACAAAGUGUUUGCCUACAUCGUCCAGAGCCAACACAAUGAGACUCUGGAGUGUCAUGCCUUCCUCUGCCCGAAGAGAAAAAUGGCCCAGGCGGUAACCCUAACAGUGGCUCAGGCUUUCAGAGUGGCGUUUGAAUUCUGGCAGGCUGCCAAAGAAGAGAAAGAGAAGCGAGUGAAGUCGGGUUCAGACGGAGAAGGAGCCAGCAACUCUCAGUCGGACAGCUCUGCCAGCCUGGGCAGCCUGAAGGGGGGAGAGGUAGCCACAGGAAAACUUCUGGAUUUGGCAGAGGGAGCCAACAUGGCACUGGUCCACUCAGGAACAAAGCAGACUGAAUCGGAUCCCUUUAUGGUGCAUAAUCACGCAACAGAGAACAACAAUACUGUAUGGGAGUUGGAGGACGGUCUGGAUGAGGCUUUCUCAAGCCGCAGUCUGGAUAGCUUUGAAUCCUACUCAGACUCGCUGAGUCUCGCACUAACCCCCAGGUCCUGGACAUUGGGGUAAACCCUCAGGACUUCAACACUGAAGAGUGCCUGUCCCCGGGCAAAUGGGACCAAGAGGACACAGACUUCACUGCACAAAAAGACACUUUUGGGUUCUAAUGUGAAGCCUCUGCCAAGAAGGGAAAACAGGGAAAGAUGAGGAGAUACGGUGGUAAACCACAGUUGGAAUCUGAAGUGACGAAACAGACAUUUGUGACAUCAGUAGGGUUUCCACUGUCUCCCAGCUGCCAAGUCCUCUCAGUGGUGCAGUCUAGUGGCUCUUUGAUGCUCCUGCAUCUACACAACCAGAGAAGGACAACAUGAGGCUGCUCUCAGAACAGGCCAAAGCAAUACAAACUAAUUUAUCCCUUUUCUAUGAAACAACAUGCAGUCAUUUAAUGUUUGUUACAGUCAGUGUAUUACUUCCUUUUUUUGUGUCUGUUUACCCAUUCACUGUUCGUAAUGUGUUUGUGGUAUGUGCUUGUGUACAUUGCAUUCAACAAAGUGUGAGUGUGUGUGGGUGUGUCAUUAAGGUUAAGGUCAACAAGGGUGCUGUCACAUAUUUGAUUCAUUUAGUGAUGGAGACGUAACUGGAUUAGAGGGUAGACUCACUGGUGAAGCCACCAAUGCACCAGUUCCAGUAUUUGGCAAAACAGUAAAGUUACUACCUAUGUGCUUCAAGGAUUCAGCCGUUGGGCAACAAAAGCUUUAAAAAAAAUAGUUUGUAUGUGUUUGUCAAAGAGUGUUUGUGUGGAAAAUGAAUGAGAACAAAAUGACAAUCUUAUUUUCUUCUUUUUUUUAUAUACUGCAAAAUCUAUUUUUGCACUCAGCAUUUAUCCAUUUUUAAAAGCACAUUUCAUGUGAGGGAAUUUUAUGUCAAUAAGCAUCCAACUGAUUAUUUAGGCUUAUAUACAGUGCCACUAUUCACUCUCCUCUUGGACUUUUUACUGUUUUUUUGUUUUACAGCUUUGAAUCUCUGUGGAUUCAUUCGGCUUUUUCACUGUUUCGUUGAUCACAAGAUUUUCUUCCAUUGUAGAGAACAGCAACACAUUUCAAAGUGAGCAGGUCAUAAUUUCCACUCUGGGUCAUGGAGGGAAGUCCAGAGUUGUUUUGGCUUCUCUUUGACCAUGUCAGCAAGUCUCAUGAAUCCACUGUGAUUCACAGUUGAAAAAACAAAACAUGAAGUCCAAAAGGGUGAAUGCGUUUUAUCGUCACUCUACCACUGUAUGUUAAAUUAUAUUGCUGCAUUGACUCUGCUAGUUUACUUUUUUCCCCCGGGAAUCGUUCCCAGUGUUAUUUUUGGCAUUUGUUUAUGUAUGAAUUUUAUUUAAUUCAUGAAUUUACAUAAAUUUUAAAUGAAAGUCAAA